AUGGCUGCCAAACAGCAAGUGAAAAGAAGGGCCAAAACUGUGAAGAGAAUCCAGCUCCAGAAGAAAUAUAAAUCCCCCUGGCAAAGUCGGAGGACUCGAAAUCAGAAGAAACCCCAUUCUCAUCUAGAACAUAGGGCCAAGCAUGCGUAUGCCAGCAACACUGUCAGCAGCAAGGUGGUGAGAUUCAGUUCCCCUAAGCUGUUUGCCUCCAAGAUGGUCCGACAGAUGCUCAAGGCUUACAUUGAAGCCAAGGCCAGGAGCCUGAUGAAGACCUUGCUGACCGAUGUCUACGACCAUGUGGCCACAGAGGUGGAGAAUUUGAGCCAGAAGAACGAGCUGUCCGACCUCAGUGGCACAGAUGUGCAAGCUGCCUUGAAGGAAGCCAUGACAAAGGAGCUGGCCAAGCACUCGGCCGAGCCCACCAGCACUGAAUGUGCUUAA